AAAUCCUCUGUACCAGAAAAAACCACUCUACCAAACUUGAAUCGAAACGAAAAAUCUCAAAUUAGGGAUUUUGAUUUACAAUUCCCAAAUUACACGUAAAAGUGUGCGUUUUUAAUGCAAAUCAUUACGGUUAUUGAAAUUAGGGCCGCAUGUUGAGUUCCUACUGUUCCCACUCCCUCUCUCAGCGCCCAAUUCUUGCUCCUCUAUUCAAAUUUCGGGUUCCGAACCGGCCCUAUACCUUUUCUCUAGACCAAAGCUCUCGGAUCUUUCAACCUAUUCCCAAGCUCUCAAAUGAGAACUGGAAAAUUUCAUGCUUUAGGCAUGAGGGGUUCUCCCCGGAAAACCCAAAAUCUGAAAAUAUAGAACAUUUUCUGUCCGAAGAAUUAGUACAACCUGAAUUCAAGAAGCCUAGUGCCGGCAGAAGAGAUUGGAAAUCAACUCUCCAGGAGGCUGCUGAUGCAGUAUUGGGGGCGGUUGGUAGCAGGUGGACCGUACCAUGGACAGCAGAGACCAUUCUGCAGGUUAUGCUUCUCUGGGUAGCUGCAUUCUGGUUCAUCGGGUCUUGGAUGAUUCCUUUUGCUGCUCACAUGUCAGGGUUCAGCAAGGAAUCCUUAACAUUCAGAGGACAAGCAUUAUUCAGCCUUGUGACCGAUGUAACUGAAGGCCUUGCCGGGAUUGCGAUACUCCACCGCUGUCUGUCUCGGUUUCAUCCCCUACCAUCAGACUGGUUUAAAUUUAGCUUGAGAGGGAAGUGGCUUUUCGAUGUUAUGUUGGGAUGCCUCAUGUUUCCAGUCGUCAACCGAUUAUCACAGUUCAACCUCAGCUUAUUGCCCCUUAUGCCUUCUACACCCGCAACCCUUUCAAGUGUCGAGCAGUCAAUUUUAGCAAGGGAUCCAGUAGCCAUGGCAUUAUAUGCAGUAGUAGUUUCUGUUUGUGCUCCUGUAUGGGAGGAAAUUGUUUUCCGUGGUUUCCUUCUCCCUUCAUUGACGAAGUACAUGCCCGUUUGGUGCGCCAUACUCGUGAGUUCAGUUGCCUUUGCUCUGGCACAUUUUAAUGUACAGAGAAUGUUGCCACUUAUUUUCCUCGGAAUGGUGAUGGGUGUCAUCUUUGCUCGGUCGAGAAAUCUAUUGUCAUCUAUUCUCCUACACAGCCUCUGGAAUGGCUUUGUGUUCUUGGAUUUAAUGAGAUGACACCGCCUCUGUUUUCUCAUAUCAGCUUUAUUUUGGAUCGACCGUACGGGACAGGAAAACACGUUUCAGGUCAAUUCUCUAGGGUAUACUUCUUGACGAUCUAUUUCACCGUAUCUUCAAUACCAAUUGAAUGCCUAGAAAACUUGUACAAGUCCCAUCAACUAAAUUAUAACAUGCAUAAUGUAGCAUGUUCCCCUUAUCCCAUUACAUAUGGGAACAAGGGACAGCCAUAAUGUAGCAUGUUGAUAGGCCAUUAAGUUGAAUCCAGCAUAGCUUAAGAGAAAUUGCCUUCAUCGAUUCUGUUCGUCUUUGAUUUUACAAGGAAACUGUAAAAGAAGCAACAGAGAGAAUGAAGAUCAUAUAUU